AUGACUGAGUUGCCUGGGGACUCCGGUCCAUAUGACAUCGAGGUGGACGGCGACGCCAGCUCUUCAACCGAUGUCGACGACGCGAGCAGCGAACUGGCCUCUCUGACAUCGUCCAUUUUAACCUAUGUCUAUGAAAACGGUCGCACCUAUCAUGCAUACCGCCCCGGGACUUAUGUCCUCCCCAACGACGAGCGCGAACAAGACCGACUGGAUUGUAUCCACCAUGUGUUUCGCCUCUGCCUUGAUGGAGAACUGUGUCAGACAAAGCUUGAGCACCCGCAGAGCAUACUGGAUAUUGGCACGGGGACAGGUAUCUGGGCAAUAGAAAUGGCCGACGAAUACCCAAUGACCGAGGUGAUUGGGGUAGAUCUUUCGCCCAUUCAGCCGGGCUGGUCGGACUUUCUUUCUUGUCUGUCUGAGGGAUAUUACGAACUGACAGUCAUCAGGGUACCGCCGAAUCUGCGAUUCAUCAUUGACGAUGCCAAUCAGCCAUGGAUCUUUCCUUCGCAGCAUUUUGAUUUUAUUCAUAUCCGUGGAAUGUGCGGGAGCGUGGAGAAUUGGCCGAGCUUCUUGCGCCAAUGCUACGAUCACCUCAAGCCCGGUGGUCGCAUUGAAUUGGCCGAAAUUGUUCCCCGUGCGCAUUGCGAUGACGACUCCAUGCCGGAGAACUGCUACCUCCUGAAAUGGCAAAAGGAAUUUCACCGUUUGACGGCGAUCCAGGGACGGGACUGGGACAUCAUGCCUCGUAUGCCGAAACUCCUGGAAGAGGCGUUGUUUGACCAAAUUGAGCCGAGCGAACAGAACUGUCCAAUUGGAACGUGGCCAAAGGACCCCAAGCUGAAAGAGAUUGGCCGCUACUUCCGCGCACAGUUCGCAGAUAGCGCCUUGGACAGCUACUCCCUCGCCCUCUUCACUCGAUUCAGCGACUGGAAACCAACCGAGGUUCAGGUUCUCAUGGCGCACGUUCGGUCGGAGUUGAAUUCGAAUAAGAUUCACUGGUAUACCAAAUUUUCUUUCGUCACGGCCCAGAAGCCAUUGGCAUAG